CCCACGGCUGCAGGAAGCUCCCUGAGAACUCUGCCUCGAGCUGCUGCUGGCCGGAGCAGGAGAGACACGGUCCCCCUUCCGCCUCCCUCUUCUCUUUAUGAGAAGAAGCUACAAGUAAGUCAAGAAAAUGGCUUUUGAAAGUCUGAUUAUCCCAUUUUUAAUGUUCCUCAGCAGAGCUACAGCUGAAGAGCUGUGCCCCUUGCGUCGCUCCAUUGAUGUACUUGAAGGGGAAUAUUUUUUCCUUUGCUUCCCUGGAUCAAUACAAGAUAAGCUUUGCAGUAAAACAUACACUGUGACCUGGUUCAAAGAAAGCGAAGGAAAGGUGAAUUUGAUCCAAGCAACACAGAGACUUGUUUUAAAUGGGAGAUUUCUGGAGUUUUGGCCAGCUGAACUCAGUGACCUGGGGAAUUACAUAUACAAACUCAGCAAUGGAACGUAUAAUGUCACAUUACAAAAGUGGUCCCUGAAUGUACUCAAAAGAAGUAAAGACAGCUGUUUUAACACAAAUCAUUUAUCCAGGCAAGUUGAAGAUGUUGGAAGAGGUUAUACACUGAAAUGCAAUGCUGUGCACCACAAUAAAAAUGUCACUAUAAUGUGGUACAAGAACUGUAACAUCUAUAACUCUGCAAACGAGAAGGAACUGGAUUUUUCUAGUUUAAAGAUUGAAGACUCUGGGAAUUACACAUGUGUUGUUUCAAUUAGUCAUGCAGGAAAGGCAUUCAACACCACAAGUACAACAGAGCUGAUGGUGAAAGAUGAUGCAGCAGAAGUUGUUAAAUUGGAGAUAAUUGAACCUGGAGAAAUUUAUGUUGAAACACAAAUAGGUAAAGAGGUGGUACUCAACUGCACAGUUUUCUUGGGUUACUCAGAUGCUGCCAAGCCAAUAUACCUCCUGCACUGGGUAGUCAAAAAUUUAAAUUCAUGUUCAGAGAGCACUAAGGAGGAACAAUCAAUAUGUGAAAAGGAGUAUGAUUUUAAUUCAGGAAACAAGAAGUAUGCCUCAAAACUAUUGUGGAUUAAAACUGUUAAAGAGGAGGACCUGAAGUGUAAUUAUACCUGCCUCUUGAAAACUACAAAUAAACCACAAUUUAAAAUAUUUAAACUGAAGAAAGGGAAUCCUCCAGAUCUCCCCCGACAUGUAUUUACUACAGGAAUAAUCGUGGCUGUAUUCUUUUCACUUGUUCCUGUGCUCCUGAUGGUUCUCUUUGUGAUAUUCAGAGUUGACUUAGUUUUAUUUUACAGGGACAUCACUGGAAAAGAUGACACAAUAGGAGAUGGAAAAGAAUAUGAUGCUUUUGUGUCUUACCUGAAAGACUCCAUAUCUACCAAUGUAGAAGAAAGAAAAUUUGCUCUGGAGAUAUUGCCCAAGACAUUAGAAGACCAUUUUGGUUACAAAUUAUGUAUAUUUGAGCGGGAUGUAUCUCCUGGAGGAGCCGUUGUUGAUGAUGUCCAUUCACUUAUUGACAAAAGCAGAAGAUUAAUCAUUAUACUGAGCCAGAACUACAUUUCUGACCGAGUCAUGUAUGAACUUGAGACUGGACUGCAUAAGGCACUGGUUGAAAGGAAGAUUAAAAUUAUAUUAAUUGAAUACAUGCUUAUAAGUGAUUAUAAUUUCUUGCCAAAAUCACUGGAGCUUCUACCAUCCAGGAGAGUUGUGAAGUGGAAAGAGGAUAAGUCUCUUCCUUCAAAUUCCAGAUUUUGGAAGAACCUUCGGUACCUGAUGCCAGUGAAAGCUUCCAGGACAAACAUCAGAAGUCACAAUAAUUCUAUGAGCCCUACCUCAGAAGAAGAAACCCAAGCAACAACUGUGUGUUGGGAGUCUAAAACAUUCUUAUAACCAAAAAUUGGAAAAGAAACAUGCUGCAGAAAUGAGCACAUGGUGUUACUUAUAUGGAAGAUAUUAAGUGCAUGUGUUUUAGGGAGGCAAUAUGGUCCAGUGAAUAGAGUACCGGCAGGGACUUAAGAGAUGAGACAAAUCCUCAGCUUGUAUAAAUUGUCAUAGCCCAGAGGUCUAGGUUAACCCUGCCCCUCACCCCUUGGGGCUCUGACAGUUUACACAAACAGAGGAAAUGCCCCAAGGAAUCUAACCUGACUCUGCCUUGGAUUCAUUGUGUGACAUGGGGCAGAUCAAAACCUUUCUGUGUCACAGUUUCUUCAUUUCUCAUAGAAAAACAUUAAUUCUACUUAUACACUUUUGUAAAGCAAUUUGAGGCCCGUGAAUAGUCUAUAUUUUCAAAGUAUUAUUAUUUAGAAAUGUGAUUACUAUUGUUAUUUAUGAUUUCUAUUGUGAUAGCAUGUAAGGACUCCAAUCAGGGAUCAGAGCCACAUUGUGCUAGGCCCUAUACAAACAUAUAACACAAAGACAGUUUCUGCCCUAGGGAGCUCAACAUUUAGGAUUUAGACAACAUAACACAGGUAAAUAAAGUGACAAAUGGGAGGAGGGGAGUGAUUGGUUGGAAGAAGGGGAUGGGGAGGACAAGGUAACAGUAGAAAUAUGGUGUAUUUGCAUAUAUCAAUCCUAAUAGUAGUCUCAGUAGUUACAGGUAGUCAAUGCCAUGACCAGUGCCAGAUGGUAGUUUUUUUGUAGGCAUCAUGGCAAAGCAAUAUUUUAGUCCCUAGAUUAGUGUUAUUCAGGUCAGAGUACUCUGAAUAACUGUUUAGGUAAGGGGAGUGGGAAAUAACACUUGCUCCAGAGAGGCCAGUAGGUACAACUUGUAUCUGAGCUGCUUCCAGGCGAGGGGCCUGAGGCGAUAGAGUCGAGGGUCUAAGGUACUUUGAUAGAGGGAAAAAUAAUUGCCGAUAUCUAAGAUACCAGAUUUGGUUCUCCAGUGCCUUGGCAUUGUGGGUAGUUAUUUACACCAGGUCAGACUGGUAGCGUUUUAUACAGAUUUUCACAGAUAUAAAUGGUGACAUAAGGUGCAAGACAGUGGUGAAUCUAGGCCUCUAUUUUGGCUUCUAGAGGAGCAGAUCUUCCAAGCUUAUUCAGUAUUUACAAGAUCCAAAGUACAAAACUGUGCAGUUGCACUUGGUCAGGGUUUCUAUGAUUGUGUUUUUGAACAUGGCUUUCAGAUAUGCACAUGAUUAUUUCUUUCUGCUUUAAGCACAUGAGGACUUUUAGGAAAGUGUUCAAACUCGGGCUCUUCACAAUGUUCAGCAACAUCAAUCAAGUGCAUAGUUGAUAGUAACUCACAAUAGCUGGUUUAAUGGGAUAGGGUGAAUUUCCUUGACUUUUUUCAACCUGAUGCUCCUAAAUCCUGCUACUACUAGAAUGUUCUUGCCCAGUCUUAGGUCAAAUGCGGAACUGGUUGGGAAUUUUCAGUCAGCGUGAUUUGUUUCUUGGCUACAGAGGAACCUGCAGGGAGAAAACAAAAUUGACAAAAGGCUUCCAGGCAAGGCGGCUGACAAGACAAAAAAUUCUCUUUUUGUCCUCUCAUUUUUUUGAAAUUUUGGGGGUGAAAAUGUUUUCAAAAACAUGACAUUUUUUCAUAGGAAGGGAUUUCCAUUUUCCAGCCAGCUCUAGUCAGAUUUCCCACUGGAUCUUCACAGACCAAGCUGAGGAAAAAUAAAUAUGCUCUCAAAAAUCCAUUCAGGUGCUAUGAUUCAAGAUUACCUCUUUGGUACUGGAAUCUGAAAGGGGCGUGGUUCAUAUUUUUUAAAAAAGCCCCCCAAAAGCAAAGAGUACAAAAUCCAUUCCAUCUGUAGCUAUAUUGACGCCACAGAAUUACAAAAGGGUUAAUUUAGCCCUUGGAACGUAAUCCUGUACACCAGGGAACAAAGGGGGAAAAAAAUCAAACAUAAGUGAAGUGUCGAAUUCUAAACUGUAUUUCCAUUACAAAUACUGCAGAAGUCCAAUAUAAAAUAGUAAGUAAGACAAGCCCCACUGAUGAUGAAAUAAACCUUACUUGUGCCCAGAACAUGGGAGAAAUUGUUCAAGAGUAGUUCAUUAUAGGAAAUGUGUUACCUCAUUAAUGCCCACUGCUGUUAAUGAGACUCUGGAUUGUUUGCUGCAUGCAGCACUGUAUAGAGAGUCUAAGAGCAUAUAGCCACAGUACUGUUUAAGGGAUGAUACAUAGUUCCCUCAUCCCAGCAGGAAUUCCAGGAAUUAUUUUUUUCUGUUUGUAAAAUUCUUCCCAGGGCACAAAGGAAGCACAGUCAGUGCAUUACCUUUGGAGAAAUUGCUCCAUCUGCUUUUCUCUGUACCCAGCUCUCUCUGCUGGCCUCAUCCUCUCCCCAUUCAUUGACCACUCCCUUUGUGGAAGCCAGUGUCAGGAACAACCAUAACCCAAUGAAAUUCUUGUAUUCUCUGGAAGGUGUGGGGGAUUGCCAAUACCUCUUCUGUCCCCUGCCUUUAAUGCAGGAUUUGAAGGGUUUGGGGACAGGGAGAGAGCAACACUUUGAUACCAUGGGAGUUGUAUCACCUGCCCAUGCUGUUUUGUAUGUGUUCAAACUUUCUGUUACAUCCGCUUUAUUUGUACCUGUGUUUACAAGGCAUUUCUUUCUUCCUAAAUGUCCAAACUACAUCUGUUUAAAGGCAGAUUUCUAAAUGGAAUUCAAUACCUCAGUCAUAUUGGAAACAUCUUUCAUUUAAUUCCACCCCUCCUUUGUUAAUGACAGUACUUUCUCACAAGUCUUUUCCUUUCCCCCUGGGUACCUUUGUAAAAGCCCUUCCUGUUUUUCCUACCGCCAGACCUCUCAGAUAGCAGAGAUGGAAGCUGAAGUGUGGCUGUAGUGCAAGGGGCUGCAUUAUGAAGUUACAAUCCCUUUUGGUGAAAGGGAAUAUUCUGCUUGUCGUCAGUCGAAAUUAAGUGAAAGUAAGGUCUGCACUUUUUAUGGACAGAAUCUGUUCAAAAUAAAGACUAUUGUAACCUUCUGGGACUUCUUAAAUUUUGAAUUAUUUUUAAAAGUUUUAAAUAUGGAUAAGUGUUGUAAUUCCUGAUCAUGUUCAUAACAACUUAAUUUUAGCAGCAUGGCAGAAGAUAUGGCAUAUGGUUUGGUGUUGUAUAGUUAUUUCCCUUUCUUUCUUUUCCUUAAGUAUGAACUUAAGUAAAUGACUGUUUCUU